GGGGAGCGCCAACCCGGGUGUCAACAAUCGCAAACUAAAUACGCCCCAGGUUUUACGAAGGGGAGCAAUCCAGUCUAGCUAACGCUGAGAAUUAUCUCCCGUGCAGAGUUACAGUUCUUGUGCAGGAAGAAAGAAAACAAAGAGUUGUCCCGAUAUAGUCUUGAUUGAGAUCAGUCAUCUAGAUGAGAGCAUCUAAGAUCUACAUCUCCCUGAAACAUGGAGAAACUGUUGUUAAAGAGCUCCAUACACAAUUUAAAGAAGGGCGGAACUGUGACCUAGAGAUAAGGUUAAAUAAAAAGCGGUUAUAUGUCCAUAAAUGUCUGAUUGACACCUUCUUCAUUAAGGCAGGUGCUGAACUUGAAGAUGACAGGUUUUACAUGGAUCUUACACACUAUACUCAGCCUGUGGUGGAGGCACUGAUCGGAUUAGUGUACACUGGGAAUCUUUGUUGUUCUUUAGAUCAGGUAGAAAAUGUGUAUAAGGCUGCAACAGAACUUGGGUGUGUGGAAGCACAGACUGGUUGUAAAACAUAUCUCCAGGAAAAUAGUAUACCAACUUUUACAGCUCCAGUAGCUCCAGCAAGUGUAGAUCCAUUUCCAUCUUCCUUUGAACUCCCUGAAGAGCCUGAUCCUCAUGUUAUAAUUAAAACAGAACCUGUUGAUGACUUUGGAGACAUAAAUACUGCAACUUUUGAUGAACCCAGUAAGACUGAAAAGGACUACAGAAGUACUAUAGCAGUUCCAGUUUCAAGCCACACUUUGGGAGUCAGGCAGCCAGCAUAUCAAUACACACUUGACAGUUCAGUAGGCGAAAGAAAUUUUCAACAAAAUGCUUCAUAUAAUAUCAGUAAUGCAAAACUAUAUCCUGCUCUACCUGCCCCGAAAAGUAAAAAAACUUCCCCAAACAGUAAGAAUAUUGAAUAUGUUUUUCCAAAAAACACAGAUAACAAGUUGCCAAUUGAGGCCAAAGCAGGCACUGGAAAAAGAAAAAGGGGAAGACCAGCAAAGGCGGUUCAUCUGGAAAAAGACAUUGUGGACAAAAUUAGAAGUUUUUCAGGUCAGGAUUUGGAGAAAGAGAAGAACCCAAAAGUGGGAAUCAAAUUGAAUAGAGUCAUACCAGAUAAACAUAAUUUUUCCACAACAACAGAGGAAUUAUCAGUGGAUAAGAUCACUGAAAAGGCAGGAAAUAAAGGAAACCUUGUGGAAUAUAAAACAAAAAGUGGAACAGUGUAUUACAAAUAUGCAGAUCCAAGUAGUUUAUCAAAUGAUGAGUUUUCAGUUGAUUCAGAAGAAAAAGAUGAUGUAAGUUAUGAUAAAGAAUACAGUAAAGUAAAAAAUGCCAAAUCAACAGCUUCAAGUGGGUCUAGUACAAAUAUACUUGAUGUGUCAUAUUCUAGAAAUGAAGCAAGAGAAAGUUCUGAAUCUGAAGGACAGACUGUGCUGGAAAGGUGGAUGGAGAGUGUUUCAACUAUUGUAAAAGUGGAAAAUGAAGCUGAUCAACCUACUAGUGCAGUAGAAGAUGAAAUUGAGGCUCAGAAAAAUGAACAGAUGUUUAGUUUAGGUUUAACAAAAAAGGUUGAUAAAAAUUCUUCUUACAAAGAAGAAAAUGUUACAGAAAAGUCUGGAAAGAGAAGACUCCGAGCUAGGAAAAAAGUAGAUUACAACAGAAUCAGUGCAGAACAAAGUGACUUAGACGAAAGUAGUGAUUAUGAUCCUUUAGAAGUUGUUGUUGUAAAGAAAAAAUUCAAAUCUCACACACCAGUCAAGGGAAGAAAUUUGAAAAUUGAUUCUGAAAGCCUGGUAACUAUUGAUCCUCAAAGGAUCACAAACUUAGGCACAAAGAAACCAUCUGAAGGCAGUACAACAAUAGCUGUUAGACAAGAUGCUAAAAAUAUAGAUUAUGACAGUGACAGUGGCGCUGAGGGGACAGCUUAUUUCCCUCCAGCAGGUUCUGUCCCGCAUGGGGUUAAUUCUCGAUAUGCUCAGGGAACGUACAUGAAAGUGAAAUAUGUAACCGAAUCCAUAAAAGAUUCACGUGGCAAUAUAACAGUGGUGACAAAACCUGUUCCAGUGCGACCAAGGCAGUUUGGAAUUGAUGAACGACUUAUGAAUAGACCUGCUGUAUAUGUUUGUCAUCCAACUGCUCCUGUUGUGAAGCCAGUUGUUCGUAAACCAAAACUUUGCUAGUCUACUAGUGUUAUUGUUUGACUCUCAGAACUUUUCAAAUGAAUUUGUUUAAAUUAGUUAUUAUACAAAUAAUAUUCAUCUUUCAAAAUGCAUAAAACCUUUUGCCCCUAGAAGGUGGUAUAUACAUGUAGUAGUCACACUCUGUGUUUGUUUGUCAGUCCAUCAGAAACCCAUGUCUCAAAAACAGUUGAAGGGAUUCAAAUGAAACUGUAUACAUACAAAUGUUUAGAAAUUAGUAUGUUGAGAAGUUGUGUCUUUGAAGAGUCAAGUCAGUACCUCCAAGGUCAAGGUCACAGGCAAGGUCACUUGGGUUAUUUAUGUUUAAGUUAUAACUUUCAAACAAUUUAAGGGAUCAAAAUAAAUUUUACACAAAUGUUAAGCAUCAUAUUUAAAAGUAUGCAAGACUCCAUACCGUCAAGUUCAUUGGCAAACGACAGUAUAGUGAUCUCUAGAAAGUUUUCAGCAUAUUGAAGGGAAACUGGAUUAAGAUUACAUGUGUGCUUUGGACCAUUCUCUAGGGUUCCAUUGAAGCUUUACACAAAUGUGAAGCAUCAUUAUAAGAUGUGACACAUGCAAGGGUAAGCUCAUUCUCACAGGCAAUGACAGCAUG